AACUAGCAUAUUUGAGCAAUUUAAUUUGAAAAAUAGACUGUUUUAAACCAAACAAAAAAAAACUAAAAAGAAACGCAAACUUAAACCCUACUCCGAAACACAAAGAGGCUCGAUCAAAGAGGUGUUCAUUGGAUAUAUUGGGUUGGAGUUGAAGAACCCUAACUGUAACCGAAAGCAACCAUGGCGAUGAUGCAAGGAGUUCAAAAGAACACUCUCUACGUCGGAGGUUUAGCCGAAGAGGUCAACGAAUCCAUCCUUCACGCAGCGUUCAUACCAUUCGGAGAUAUUAAGGAUGUCAAGACCCCUCUUGACCAAGCCACUCAGAAGCAUCGCUCCUUCGGCUUCGUCACUUUUCUUGAAAGGGAAGACGCUUCCUCCGCCAUGGAUAAUAUGGACGGUGCUGAACUCUACGGCCGUGUCCUCACCGUUAAUUACGCACUUCCUGAAAAAAUUAAGGGCGGUGAACAAGGCUGGGCUGCUCAACCAAUUUGGGCGGAUGCGGAUACUUGGUUUGAGCGGCAGCAACAGGAGGAGGACAUGCGCCGUCUGGAAGCAGAGAACAAAGCUGCAAUGCUGGCUGCUGAAGAACUGCACAGGAAGCAAGUAGCCGAAGAGCGAGAAGGAGAGAAAGAGGAAAGUGAGAUUAAGGAUGAUCCUAUGGCAAGGGCUGAAGCAGAGGUUGUUGGCAAUUGAGACCAAGGAUGAUUCUAUGGCAAGGACUAAAGAAAAGGUUGUUCAACAGAGACCAAUAACUUGUUAUUUAUAAAUCAGAAGGAGCAUUUGGUAAUGGAAGCUGAUGCACUUUUUAAUUUGUUCAGCUCAUCUGUAAUGUGGAUAAAUCUGAUGCGCGGCGAGACUAAGUCCUACCGAUUAUGAAACUGGCUAGCUAGGGGUACUUGUGAGUGAAAUUAAAUCAUGUAUUUUCAUCCUUGUAUUGCGAAAGCUCUCCAUUCUGCUGUAUUGCAAAUAUGAAGAAUACUACUAUAGUCAUAGUUUUGUGAUAUUUUACAUUUAGGAAGAAUUUUGCCUAUGCGGUAUGGGUAGCAAUAAGAUUUCAGGCUACAGAAGAGUUUUUCUUAAAUAUAAUUUUCAAACUUUUGGAGUGAA